CAAACAGUGACAACAGAAUUUGAACAGGAAGAGAUUCACAAAUGUCAACUGAUGUUGUCUCUCUUGUGUAGGCUACUAGCUAUCACAAUUAGUAACAUUUAAAACACAUUAUUGAAUGAAAAUACUGCUCAGCGAUCGUAGGUGUAACUGAACAAUGACCGCAGCGCCGCGCCUGGUCACAGCCGUAGGAGGUCCUGCUUCUUUAUGCCGAUUUCGUGGUGCCCUGGUCGGCGCAGUUCUGGGAGACUGCAUCGGCGGAGAGUUCGAAGGGACUGAGCCUGAGGAGAUACCCUUGGAUCGAGUUCUGCAAUAUCUGGAUGGUCUGGAGGACGAAACCCGUGGCGAUUCGAUAUUGCAGUACAGCGAUGACACGGCCAUGACUCGCUGCGUGGCCCAUUCCCUGCUGACCAGGGCAGGGUUUGAUGAGCAGGACAUGGCCAGAAGAUUUGCUAAGGAGUAUAACCUGGCUCCAUUUCGGGGCUAUGGCGCUGGUGUCAUGCAGGUUCUGAAGAAGCUGGCGUCUCCGCAGCUCAGCGACGUGUAUCAGCCCGCACGCGCUCAGUUCGGUGGCCGGGGAUCCUUCGGGAAUGGGGGCGCCAUGAGAGCGGCGCCCUUUGCCCUCGCCUUCCGAGACCGUGCCGACGUCAGGAGGUACACACGUCUAGGGGCCAUGCUGACACAUUCCUGCUCUCUGGGGUAUAACGGAGCCAUCCUCCAGGCCCUGGCUGUGCACCUCUCCCUCCAGGGGGCGCUAGUGCUCCCCCAAGACUUCCUCAAGACGCUCAUCACAGAGAUGGAAGAGGUGGAGAAGGACGAAUCCGCUCGCAGCGAUGCCAGAGCGCUGAAUGAAUCAGAGUUUCCAUUCUGCGCUCGUUUGCAUCGGGUGAAAGAGCUCCUGGAGAGGAACAACGUGAGCGUCGAGGAGGUCAUAUCUGAACUCGGAAAUGGCAUCGCUGCACUCCACUCUGUCCCCACGGCCAUCUUCUGUGCGCUUCACUGUAUGGAGCCCCGCGAGGGCCUCCCUGAGAAGUACGGUGGCCUGGAGAGGACAGUGGCCUUCAGCCUGUCCCUGGGAGGAGACACUGACACCAUCGCAUGCAUGGCGGGAGCCAUCGCUGGGGCGCACUACGGGAUCGACGCCAUCUCGCAAUCGUGGCAAAGGUGCUGCGAGGCCUCGGAGGAGGCUGACAUGCUUGCGCAGAGGCUGCACAACAUGUACCACAGGGCGCCCCCCGAAGGCGACCCAGGGGUACUGAGCUCGGGCAACAGCCAGCAGCACUUGCGCGGCGGCAGCAGCUCGGAACCUCAACCCCCAGAGUGAGAGUCUGAACAGGGAUGCUGCACACACACAUACACUCACUCACACACACACACAUUUUCAAACAGUACAAACACACACAAACAUCUCUUUGAUGCAGAGUGAAUGUUUGGACAGUGACUCGCCUACAUAUAUACAUACACACAGUACCCAAGGACCCACAUAUGUGCAUACACACACACACCCACACAUAUGAACACUCAAAAAAAGAUGUCUCCUUGUUUAUGCAAACACUGACAUCACAAACACAUACACACACACAGACAUCAACCAACCCCAGUUAACAUACACAGGAAGUAUGUGACUUGCAACUUACACACAAUACAAACUCAAUGUAGAUGUGACACUCAUACUCAGACACUUCUUAUGCAACUCACACACACACAAACACACACACAUACACACACACAGUUGCAGGGUGGGGAUAACCAGCUUUUUAACACAUGCUACACACACACAAAUACCAUAUUUUUGCACUACACUGAUUUUGUGCAAAUGCCUCUGACAUUCAAAUUAAAACUUUUGAUGUGAAACUGUUGUUAUUAUUGUGUAUGUCUUUGGUGCCCAGAGGAAGUUUCCAAUAAAAGAAAGAUAAUUCAAUUAUCUGAAAGCG